AUGGAAGAAAAACCUUGGCUUCUCACUCAGACAACACCCUCUUACUCCAGUGACACCGAAUCUGCCUCGUCUCAGCAAUCUUCGCAGAGGUGCGACGGUGGCCGGGUUAUGACGGCGAGUAGCAGCCAGAUGUCAGCGGAAGACGGUGAAGAAAAGGAGCGGAGGAAAGCUGAAGGCAGAAGAAGCUUCACUUCAGAAGAGACUAAGGAGCCCUGUUACCUGACACCAUGGGACUUGGCCAUGCUCUUCGUCAAUUAUAUCCGAAAGGGCCUUCUCUUUAGCAAACCACCUGAUGUGGAUGAUCCACAAAACUUCAUGGCAACUCUCUUAGACAGGCUCAAGGAUUCCCUCGCUCUCACACUCGACCAUUUCUGUCCACAUGCAGGCCACCUUGCAACAAAGAAGGAGGAUAGUUUCCCCUCUUACAUGGUAUUUGCAGAUUAUAACAACAGUCCCGGAGCGCAAUUCAUCCACGCGGCUGCAGACAUGACAAUAUCUGACAUCCUUUCAUCAAUUUAUAUACCCCAAGUUCUCCAAUCAUUCUUUGAUCAUGAUAGGGUAAUUAAUCACGAUGGUCACACCUUGUCUUUGCUAUCAAUUCAAGUCACAGGGCUUGUGGAUGGCAUCUUCAUUGGAUGUUCCACAAAUCACGGCAUGGUUGAUGGAACCUCUUUCUAG